AGUGGACCGUAAUCUGUGACAUAACUACAUUUCCCAUAAUUCACCAUUGUUGUCCUUCCCAUAUAAAUACACGUCACAUCGACACCUGUCACAAACAGACUAAUUAUUUGCAUGACAUUUAAGCUUGAGCUUCUGUCUGAAAUACACAUUUCCUCCUCGGGAAAAAUAAUAAUGGCUUGUCCCUUCCAUCAAACAGUGGCAGCAUUGAAUCCAGCCAUCCUCUCUUUAGACUGGCUUCUGGGCACGUGGAAGUCUGAUGAGCAUGGGGAAGGCUGCUUUCCAACCAUCAACCCUUUCCGCUACACAGAGACUCUGCACUUCAGCCAUGAGGGACAACCAGUCAUCCACUUCAUGUUCAAUGCCUUCCAUGCAGAGUCUAAAAAGCCUCUGCACAGGGAGUGUGGCUUCAUUCGAAUGCAGCCAGAAACCAACAAAGUGAUGUUUAUCAUUGCACAAAACUCAGGCCUGGUGGAGAUUGAGGAGGGGGAGCUGACAGAGAAGCAGCUGAAUCUGAAGACGCACGCUCUGGCCAGGAUUUCUUUUGCCAAGGAGCCACAUGUUCAACAGGUUUCCAGAGUGUUUCAACUUCGGCCAGAUGGGAGGCUGGAGCAGACGGUUUCCAUGACAACAGACAACCAGCCACUAAUGACGCAGCACUUGCACAUCACUUACUGUCGGUCAUCUUGACCCAGCAGACAGACUUCUUAUACAUAGAAGUGCUGCUCUUUUGUGCAAAGAAAAGGUUGGAUCAAUAAUCCCAUUUAAACUUUUGUCCAGUUACACGAGUAUAUCCUUCAUUGGUUUGGGUGUAAAUCUAUGGUAUUUAGGUUAAGUGUGGAUUAUUCAUUAUUUGUAUUCACUGGUUGGUUACUGGUCUCACUUAAAAGGCACUAUGCUCAGAAGCUGCUGUUCUCUGAGAACCAAUAAAUGCUAUGAAACCAAA